AGCCCAUAGUAUGAAAUCGUUUUCGUUUUAGAUUUUAUUUUAUUUUUACUAAAAAUUUAAAUAUAAUGCAAUUUAGUUCAAUCAUUUAUUUAAUAAAUCUCAAAUUUGAUUACGUUUAAGGUUAUUUGUUGUUGUGUUAAUAAUGUUAACAUACAAUCUUUGGUAAGCGUUAGCCURGAAUAUUGUAAAGUAUGUCAAAAAAUUGUUUAGUUAUGGUGUUGUCGGAAAGCAGUCUAAAAAGAAACAACAGUCAAAUUGUUAACGAUACAUUCUACUGCCCCAUCUUGGGUUGCAAGUACAACUUACAUUUUGGUCAAUCUAUGAAAUCUUUUAAAACUCAAAAACUUCUCAAACAACACUGUAUUAAAGUGCAUUCUGACAAAAAAUACAAAUGUGAUAAUUGUGAAAAAGGGUUUCCUUUAGAAUCCACAUUAAAGUCACAUCGUAUAACAUGCGGAGUAAUUUAUUCUUGUUACUGUGGUGUUCAAUACAAAUCUCCAGAAGCGUUUCUCACUCAUACAAAACGAAAGCAGCAUAACAUUGGAUUAGGAUACUCAACUAUUAUGAAGUUUUUGAAGACAAGAAAAUUGUUGCCUAACACAGAAGACCUACAAGAAUUAGAAUCAAGUAAAAGAUCUACUCAGACACAAACUGUUACUGAUGUUCAAACUUUAUCAGAUUCAUCAACUCAGACUACAUUUGAAAAUAAGGAUUGCAUGUUAAGAUACAAUGAUCCAAAACUCUCUUCUGCUACUUCUAGUCCUAUAAAACGGUUAUGUGCACAGACUCAAACCGAUCCUAUGGGUGACUCUAUWAAAACUGAUCCAGAUCCUAUGUUUUUAGAUUCAGAAACACAAACCAAUUUUGACAAUUUAGACAUCUAUACUCAGACUGCAGAGUCUGAAUGUUUAUUUGGUGAUUUAGAAUUUACCAAUAUUCAAACACAGACUUAUUGUAGCUCUUUAUUCAAUGAUGAUUCUAUUGACAUGAGAAAUGAUAAUUCUUUAAACACUAGCAUGAUAUAAUUUAAUCAAAACUAAAACACAAAAUGGCGUUUAAAUUCAAAAUAUAAUGUUCGAUUUUUCCUUUGACAGUAUUACAAAUUAUUACUUCUAGUACUGUGGUAAUUGAUUGUUCUAUAAAUAUGUGCAAAUGUAUUAUAAGUAUAGUGCAUUCUUGUCUCACCAUUUUCCUACAUACCCCUCUAAGGCUCUAAACUAAUAUAUGAUCUAUUAUUUUUUAAGUAAUUAUUUUGAGACUUCAGUAGUGCAAGUAAACACACUAUCACCACAUUUACUGAUAGACUUGUAUACACGAAAUAUGAUUCUUUAGCUAUUGUUGUUUUAAAUCAUAAAUAUGAAAAUCUAUUUAUUAUGCUUUAUCGACAUAUUGAAUUUUAUUU